GAUUAUUUAUCAUCAAAUAUUAUUGUAAUUAUUUAAAUAGCAAACAAUGGCAUCAAAAAAGGUAUGCCACGGCUGUCUCUCUGUCGGUAGAAAGCUAGCUAUAAUAGAAGACCACGCAAAACUGUACAAUCGACUGCUGUUGAAGAAAUCAGAGCAUUCAACCAAACAGUUAAUGAUGUGCUGGGAGUGCCACCAGACCUUAAAGAACAUCCAAAUGUUCCGUAUGAAGAUAACACAAGCCCAGAGACUUUUAAGCAAUAAAUCUUUGCCACAAAACUCCUUGUCAAACCUAGCAACAUCAAAGAAAAUUGACAAUUAUCAAGUAAUAAUAUAUGAAGACGAGAAAAACGUCACCACGGAUAUAGAAGUACCUCUAAAGCAGGAACCUGAUUUAUACACUGAGAUUGAAAUAAAAAAUGUUUAUGAUAAUUAUGAUAUAAAACUAGUUGCAGUUAAAGAAGAGGUGAAAAAUGAAAGUGAUGGACUUGAAGGAAUUGAAGACAAUCAAGAAAUAGAACUAGACGAAGUGUUAGAUCCUAUUUUGCCGAAGAAUUCGGAAGUUAAGGAGGAAAGACCCAGGAAAAGAGCUGAAUUGAAGCAGAAAUAUAGAACUAUUAUAUUUGACGAUAUUCAGGAUAAGAGGAACUAUUAUGAUGUGGUUAAGAUAGGCCAAGAGGCCGCGCUGAGUUGGCUCGAGAAGCGGAAAGAACGCGCAAGCGGCAAGCAGUUCCAGUGUCAGCUCUGCUACGCCGGGUUCAAACAGAAGAAGUUCUACGACCGCCAUCUUACCCUGCUGCACGCACAGUCACUCAAAUUCGAAUGCGAUCUCUGCGCGUGUCGCUUCAAGGACCGCAGUCUCCUCAAACGUCACAUCGACCAGCAUUUCGUGCAGUUUUCGUGUAAGCUGUGCGGCUUGACGUUUCCCUCGCGCAGUCGGCUGUACGUGCACUUCGCGCACGGCCCGCACGGCCGGCAGAUGGAGUGUAAGAAGUGCGGAGCGAGGUUCGACUGCACGAAGCCACGCGAUUUCUACACACACUACCGGGAGACGCACGGGCUCCCGCAGUGCGACCACUGCGGGCUGCGCACCGCCACCAAGACCAAACUCGCCCGCCACAUACUAGUCCGCCACACUGACUUCCGUUGCAAACCGUGUGACAUGGGCUUUAGUUCCUUCCACGCGUUGACUACGCACAACCGCCGCAAACACGUCGUUGAUACCAGCGAGCGUAAUUACUGCGUCGAGUGCGACUUACAGUUCACGAACAGUGUGCUGUAUAACGAACACGUGACACGAAGUACGAAACAUAGCACGAAACCCAGAGUGGCGUGUCCCAUGUGCGACAAGACUUACAGCAAGCGCUGCUACAUGACGAACCAUUACAACCUGGAGCACCUCAAGGAGAGCAAGUACAUCUGCCCGCGCUGCGACAGGAGGUUCCUGAACGGGUUCCGGCUGCGCUACCACGUGAAGUACUACCACGAGAAAGCGCCCAAACCCAAGAACCACAUCUGCACUUACUGCGGGAGGGGAUUCAAUACUCGUCGCAUCCUGGACAACCACGUACGCACACACACGGGCGAGCGGCCGUUCGCGUGUCCGCACUGCACCGCUGCGUUCGCGCAGCUGACCGCACUGAAAACGCACGUGCGAUCUGCGCACAAGUGAAUACUCGACAUAUGUCACAUUGGCAACGGGUUGGUCAACCGCACUGAAAACGCGUGAGAUAUGCGCAUAAGUGAUUACUCGACAUAUGUCACACUGACAGCGGCUUGCGUCAGUCAACCGCACUGAAAACGCACGUGCGAUCUGCGCAUAAGUGAUUACUUGCCAUAUGUCACACUGCUGCUAAAGCCUGACCAGAAACAUAAGACUACUGUCAAGAGGGCGCUGUUAUUCUGAUGUAUGCAGUGACAGUUCAGUAUAGUAUGAAGAUAAUAGUUCUAAUG